CUGAAAGAUAUCAUGAAUGAAUCUCAUCUCCACCUACUCCCCACUUUCUACGGUUCCGUGAGAGAAUCAUCUACAGGUGGUUGAACAUACAUAUUGACGAGGCAAAGACUUUCUCAGAAGGUCUUAGGUUCUCAAGAGCGCACAUGUUGUAAUGGCUCGUCAGUAUGAUGAUACCUCCACAACAUUGUGGUCUUCAGAAGAGUAUGGCGACUCCGAAAGUCUGUCGCAGCAGAAGAAAUCUUUUGAAGUGGAAAGGAAUGGAGAAAAGGGGAAGACCCCAAGGAAGGUUGAGCAAGGCGAGGGUAGUCGCGGAGGGAUCCGCUCCGACCCAUCUGCGUCAGCAGGACCGCACGUGGUAUCGAAAGGCGGUGGGAUGAUGCUGGUUCAGGACGUAGACUCGGAUUCAAACUCAGAGGCAGCGGAGGUUCAGAUCACAAGGGUGAGAGCCAGGAAAGAAGGUUUAGCCAGCGGAAAGCGUGACAAGGAGAGGGCAUUCGACCGCCAGAAAGAUGUGAACGAACUGCUGAGACGAACUACUGAGCAGACCGGACUUGCCGCGGAUAGAAUCCAAACCAUUGAGAGAAGCGAAGUUCCAGGUGCUGACAGCGACGAUCGCGGCACUACCACUGUCUACAGCAGCAAUUUCGAGGGAAGCGAAGUCAGCAAUGAAAAUGAUGACGACGAUGAGGAUGGCGAUGAAAAUGGUGAGGGCAUCGAGGAAGCAAUUGAAGACAGCGACGGCUCAAAGACCGAUCAGGAGAGCGAGUUUGACAGUGCAAGUGGAACCAGCAAGGGUUGGUCAUCUGCCGGGAGCAGAGCGACGAGCGUGGAAGGUAAAAAUCAGGGAACGGGAGACCAUUCACAUCGUGCAGAAGAGGAGGAGGGGGGGAUGACAUCGGUGAGGCGUUCAGGUGUUGAGCAAACCUCCAAGUCCUACAAUCCUGGGGGUUCUUGGAGCAGUAAGAGGGGUGCCGGCCAAGAGGGUAUGUGGGACGAUGGGAGCGAAAAUGAAGGGCCGGAGGAGUCAUUGGAAACAAGACGAGGGGCGACUCAAAUGGUCCCUAAUGCUAGCAAAAGGAAGAGGAACAGAGAUUUCAGACAUCUUAAGGAUGAUACCUUUCAAAAGUUUUGGAAUGGGGGUGGACAUGUGGAGGGUUUGAUCUCUGUGGGCAAAGGGAAGGCUUACAAACAAGUUAAGGGAUGGAUGAAGUAUUGGCAGUAUCACCACGCGCGAGUUCUUACCCUCAAGGGUUUUCGGAAAGGGGGACAAGUGGACAAGGAUGGUCACAUCACUCCAACGCCAAAUACGCCAAUGCCUUAUCGAAUUUGCGUGCUGUGGAUGACUGGCCUUGAACUUCCUCCUGCUGCUCACUUGGAGAAGAAAGAUGUUCUGCUGGAGUGCAGGUUCGGCGUGAGCUUGUUCUUCAAGGACAAGGCCGGCUUUGUCGGAAACACGUGUCAUGGAGAAUGCCGACCCUACCAGAGGUUGCAUGAUGAUGCUGAAAAUGGAACCUUGGAUGGCAGGACGAGGGAUGGUGUUUCAGUUUUUAAUCAGCAACUUUUUUUUCACACAUCCAUGGCAACCGAUCGGUGGAUGCCUAUUCUUGAAAUCAUUGCUGUUGAGAGAUCGAAAUCAGGAGGUGAUAUCCGGCGAGAAGUUGGAGUAGGGUGGGCACCUUUAUCCUUGAGACAAUCAGAGAGCCAUGGGUCCAAAGAAUUGCUAGAUGCAUCCACAAGGCAAACCCUGGCAAAAUUUGGUUUGGAUUAUGAUCCAGGGGGAACAGUUCAAAUUGCACGGCUUCGUGCAGGUACUCCCAGGUAUGCAGCAUGCAGUGCACCGUGGAGCUGAUCAAAAUGAGCCGAAUGUUAGGUUAAUGAGCUAAAUAGUAAAUAGUAAAUAUUAAAUAAAUGUUUGAGCAAAACACGGCGCAUGGCAGUGCAAUUGCACAACAUACCUAUCCAUUUUUCCCUUUCCUUUUUCGUAUGUGCGAAGUUAAUUCUCCAACAAGUAAAUGAGACAAACCGGGUUCUUGACUCCAAAGGUGAUAGUCAGACCUAAGCAACCAGUUGAUCCUCAUCAGAGGCUGGCAUGCAUAGUAAAGCUAUGAUAAAGCAAGCUACAUAUG